ACAGCCAUGCUGGGGGGCUGACUCCUGGCUUGUGAUCCCCUAGAGGCUUUGGGCAAAGCUCAGGAGUGCUGUGGGUGCUGCACCUUGUGUCGAGCAGAGGUUGAGGUAGUGCUAGGGGCUGAUGGCUAGUAUGAGCAGCUCAUUGCCAGAGCCAGGCAUUGGGGACCAGCCCUUGGCCAAGCAAAUCCUCAUCCUGCCCUGGGAGGGCUGCGGCCUCCUGAAUAUGCUGAGGGAAAAGCCAGCAAGUGUCUGGGCUCUCUUAACAACAGAAGAAACUUCAUGUGCAACUGCUAUGGUAACCAAAUUGCUACCCUUCUUCCUUUGUUGUGGAAGGGAAGAUGGUGCAAAGCAUUUACAUGCCAUGCUUUAGGCCCUUACAGGCUGAGGUCAAGAAGUUUGAAUGUGCAAACAGUUUGCUGUGAGCUCUUAUUUUGCACUCCAAGCGUAGGGUAGAUAUGUCUCCUCAUUUAGAAAUCUACAUUUUUAAAAAAUGUAUUCAAGGACAAAUUUGGAUAUCUAAGUUAGCAAAUGAAAUAUUGUAGAGUCGUUUACUUCUCAAGCUCUGGCAGUUCAAGAUGACACUGAAAAUCUGCCUUCACAUGUAACUUGCAGGUCUUAUAAGCUGCUGUGUUUCCUAUUUAUACAACACACCUUGCUUUAACCUGUGCCAGUGCUGGUUCCAUCUGGCUGUUUCUGAAAGCUCAAGGGAAAAGCAAACAAAGAUAUGAAGGAAAUUAAAGGUGCCUCGCUGUGAUAUUUUUCUAGAGUGGUACAUUGACUUUGAUAAUGAACUGUGAAAUGUAGCAUGUGGAUGCUGAUGAAUGUAAAAGACUGCAUGUGUUUUUCUUUUAAUGUUGUGUCCAUGAGGUGGAUUAUUAGUAUGAGCUCUGUGUUGUGAAAACGCUGAAAAGAGAUGUGUAAAUGGAAAGGAGAAGAUAUUUCUAGAAAUGUAUAGACAACUGUUUUCUCUUCGGUCUAUCUUCUUUUUCAUGACCAGACUCAGAUUCUGGUAAUGUAAGCUUUACCAUUACAAUGGUAAUAAACAAACUCACAAGAGGAGUAGCUCUCUUCCUAAGGUCAGAUAUGUUAGCAUUCCUGUUAGCAUGGUAAGGGAGUAUCUGUACUUCCAUCAGAUCACACUUCUCAGGCUUGGGCUGGCUGGGAUGCAUUGGCUGGGACAUCAGCAGGGCUCACUAACGAUGCCAUAUCACGCAUCUCCUGCCUUCAGAGUUCUAACAUCUGUUGCCAGGCCAAGAAAUAAGUGACUGUGGUUUGCUGCAAUCUGGUCACAGGGGCUUAGGGUGCCUUCUGCAGUCUCUGGGGCCUAGGGAGCAUCUGGUGUUUUGCUUUGGGAACAAAGUAGGUUGUUCGAAUGAGAGCAGCAGAGAAAGCAUAGCUUGAUAGGCUUCUGCUUGCCUCCCCAUGUAGCUGCAAGGUCCCUGCUCUCACCUUCCCUGUUAUACCAUCCGUGCAUCUCAGACUUCCUGCUUUAUAUCUGACCCUACUUGCGGGGCUGGUUAUGAGGGAGGCUUGUUAGCCCUGGCCUAGCCUUCCUUCUGGUGGAUUGCUCAAGUAUGUGACACUUGAAUCAGUGGUGAAGUAGAGCUUAAUUUGAAACAGCACACACACGUUUGGCAGGAACUCAGUGUUUGGUUGACACAAGUUGACUUGGGAUCAGUCUGUGGCAAUUACAGUAAUGCUGGUGUACAGGAGCACAGGGAGGACAGACAAGGUGUCUCCUGUCUUUUAGGAACUGGGCAUAACUGCGGAUUUUGUUCUCUCGCACAAGACUGGUAUCAGCUAUUGAUGACAUCACUUCUAAAGGAGCAAUGUGAUGUGGGACUUCAGUGUUAGCUGGUAGUUUUUGCCCUUGGGUUAUGCUUGUAUUUUGAUUUGCAUUCCUUCUUAUCUUACCCACUUUAUUGAAAAAUGUGAUGGUGAUGUGGUAGUUCAAUGUCUUGAGAUGGUUUUAAAGUGAAUAAGCAAAUAAUUAUGCCUCUGAGGUUGUGUAAUUCCAUGGAUUUGUUUUACCUCCAGUGAUGGACAUGUAACAUUUAUUGUAUCAUUUAAUAUGUAUGUAAGCUUUACAGGCUGGAUGUUGUGUCAAAAUGAUGUGAGCACUUGGGUAAACAUCUCUUUGAAUCACCAUCAUUUUGGCACGCUCAGGGGCAAAGGUACUUGUGUUGAGUGUUUUAAACAUCACAAAGUGUGUUGCUGUUUAGAGUCUUGUGAUUAGGGUUUCAAUCUAAUUCUCUCCAAUGUAGCAAAUGUUUGCUGAUGGCUAACACUGUUACAAGGACUAAGGGGUUGAAUUUCUUUGCCUGGCAAUAAUGUAUUUUCUAUUAUGUCAAUAGAAUCUGUUCAUUUUUAAGUAGUGUGCAGUGCUCCUUUGAAGAAUGUCUCCUUUUUCAGGUGGUUUCAUAGUGACUGUACCCCAAUAUGUUUAGUUGUCUCUCAAUAGCAAAGAUUGCUUUGUUAUUGAAUGUAUUAUUUAUUAACAGUACCUUGUUGUCUUUUUCUAGCCACAUUUUACAAAAUAUACCACAAGCAUCUCGUGAUUUUUAUAAGGAAAUCUUAUUUAUAAUAUUCAUGCUAGCAGACAGAAACAAAUCUCAAUUUUAUAGUAGUUCAUGCCUUUUUCAUAGCUGAAGAGUCUUAAUGAGCAUGGUCAGAAGGGACAAGCUCAUUGUUUUGUUUAAUUUUGAUGGAACUUUUCAAAGGUAAAUGUUAUGCUAUUUAUAAUUUGGAUUUACUUAUCUUAACAAAUAAAUAUCUCCAUUUUAAGAAAUGAAAAUAUUACUUGUGGGACUUCUUUUUAUUAUUUUCCACGUUCUCUAAUCCAAUAUUUCUAAACAAUGAAGGUCAUUUGCUCCUCUUUAUUUUGUCCUGUAUAGUCUAUUGUCAAAUCAAGAUUUACAUCCCUUGUCCUCAUCUAAUAUUUCUGUCAUGUUGGUCAUUCUGUUUACUCAAUUCCUUCUCUUUUUAGCUCAGUUAGUGAAAGACAACUUUAUUUGUAGUGUGUCUGAGAGUUAACCUGGUCCUAAACUUUUUACUUUCUCAGAACAACCCCCAGAAACAACUUUGGGUUCACAUUGAAAUCCCAAGUAGAUUAGAGCCAUUUUGUCAAAGAGGUUCCCAUUCUACACUCAAAUCAGUGUAACUGAACCCCAUUUGCUUGGACUGGAUGUCCCCAUACACAGUCUAAUACUUGCAUAAGAUAGUAUUGCUACAUUUCAAAAAGCAAAUGGUGAUUCUAGAUAUUUGAAGAUCUCAUUGACCAAGUUUAGAUGUCUUUAGAUUUUCAAGCCAGAUUUUCCAAGUACAAAUCUCCUGUGCACCAGCCUCUUUGAGAUGGUGGAGUUUGACUUCAAGAUCUUUUUGAGAUUACGAAAAUGCCCUGUCUCAUUUGCACCCCUCCUUUAAAGCCAAUGGAGCAUAAACAAUGAAAUGGUCCUGACAAUUCCAGGGACAGCUGGAGUAGGGUUUCUCAGUCAGGUAGAUACAAUCAAUCGAGCAUCUCUUUAUCUUCAUUUUAUUGCAAGAAUCAUCCAUAGAAAAGGUGGUCUUCGCUAAGAGAAGAUGAGAAGACAAAAGCUACUUUGCCUUUAGCUGUUUAUUAGCUAUGAUUGUUCUAUUUAAAAAAAAAAAAAAAAAAAAAAAAGCUAACUGUAGUUGUAUGAGAAACAAUUCAAUUUCCAGUUGGAAGGAGUCCCAGUGACUAUGGUUUUAUUAGAAAUCCUCACAUAAUGCUGUAACUUACCUUGACUCUGUAUCACUUUUACUUCCUUUCCCUAAAUGCAUUUUCAUACCCAGUGAAUAAAUAAGAGUUCUUCAUUUCUCUCAUUUAGUAUUUCUGUUUUCAGAAUAUGCCAUCUCUCUCUAGGUCACUCACUAGAUUUCUCCCCAUGUAGAGGGACUGCCUGUUACAAUGAGGGGCAAAUGUCAACAGGGGCUCACAAGAUGACAUCUUCUUUCAUCUGAAAACUUCUGCCAGGAAUCUAAGACUUAAGCAAACAUGUCCAACCCCAGUGAGACAGAACUAAUUCAUAUGUUUAAGGGGAUUCGCUUUACCACCAGGUCUUCUCUAGAACUCUUAAAAUCCUUGGAUACUUUUGAUGCUAGGGAAGAUGAUGUCCUUUUGGGUUCCUAUCCCAAAUCUGGCACUCACUGGCUGGCAGGAGUUAUAACGAAGCUUUACAAUACUCCAAUUACACUAACAUCUCCCAUUGAAUAUGGAGAUGUUUCCAAACUGGAGGAACUGAAUAAACUCUCAUCAAAGAGAAUCAUCCCAACACACUUGGACUAUAACAUGUUGCCUUCAAAUUUUAAGAAUAAAAAUUGCAAGAUGAUCUACAUCAGCAGAAAUCCAAAAGAUACUGCAGUUUCCAUGUAUCAUUACUAUAGAGAGAAUCCACACCUUCCCACUGUUGAUACCUGGACUGCUUUCUUCGACUUGUUCUUAGAAGGAGACGUUGUCUGUGGAUCUUGGUUUGAUCAUUUCCUAAGUUGGGAAGAACAUAAAAAUGACAAAAAUAUCCUGUUUUUGUUCUAUGAAGACAUGAAGAAGGAUCUCCCUAAGAUUGUGAAGGAAAUCAGUGUGUUCCUGGACAUAGACAUCAGUGAUGAUGAUAUCCAAGAUAUCUGCAAGAAGUCAUCCUUCUCAGAGAUGAAAAACGACAGUGAAAAAGAAAACAGUGACCCCAGUCACACCGUCUGUGCCCUGACAUCCAACAGGAAGCUGAUUUUCAGAAAAGGUACUGUUGGUGAUUGGAAGAACCAUUUCACUCCAAAACAGAACUUAAAGUUUGAGGAAAUAUUUAAUGAGAAAAUGAAGCUCAGCAAAAUGGCAAAAAGUCUCACCUAUGAAUUCUGAUUCCAUGGGCAGAACAAUAUUCAAUUAUCAAAUUACAAAUACAGAGAGAGCAACUGGUGGAAAAUUCUGGACGGGGGCUAAUAGACAGUAAAAGUUAAAAAAAAAAAAAAAAAAAAAAAGUUCAGCACUGCUCUUGGAACUGAUGCCUUGAAGAUGGAAGCAGCACUGACUGAUCAUGUUCAUUUAGCUUGUUUACAUAAAUUUACCUCAGGUAUCAGCAUUACUUUUCAUCUAGUCAAACAGUAGAAGUGUGAAGAAGGAUUGUGAGAUGAAGAUUUGAGGAGAGGACUGAACUCCAACAUCAGAGGGCAGAUUUAUGUUGUUUUACAGUUAGGUGUCAGACAAAUUUUCCUACAACCAAAUCUACUUUAUCAUUUAUUUAUUUUUAUUUUGCUCUAGAGGGAUAUGAAUGGAAUUCUCAGAUCUGGUUUAGGAAUUUUACCUAAGAUGUUCUUACCUGAGAUGUUUUCUUCACUCAGAGGGUGGAGAGGCACAGGCAUAGGUUGUCCAGCUGAGA